CUUCCCCAUCCCCCUCCGCCUCUCCUUGAGCCCCCGGGUUUGGCGAGGCGCCAUCACGGUGGUGCUGUGCUGUCGCCGUGGUCGAGUCGCCGGAGAGCCAUCCGCCGCCGCCCACCUCUCCCCCCGGCCGCCGCCCAGCUCUCCCACCGGACCGCUGCCAUCUCUCCCUCCCCCCUUCCGCGGCCCACCUCUCUUCCCGGCCGCCGCCCAUCUCUCCCACCGUCUGCCAAGGAAAUCGGGGGAUUAGGAAGCUCGAUUCCUCGCCGCCUUCCAUGGAAUUGCUCCCCCAAGAACAAUCUGAGAAAGGAAAUGUUACUAAUCAAAGGGAGGAUCUCAUUCUUUUGCUUGCAAAUAUGCACGCACACUUUAGCCCGAAGUCAUCCUCUGAAACAAUGCUUGAUGACAGGGCAGCAGAUGAAUUAUUGGCGAAAACAUUUGAAAACUAUCUGACCUGGUGCAAACUUUUGGGGGAGAAAAAGCAACAUAUGGUUACCCUCUGUGAAACAGGAGAUCUAGCAACAUAAACUUCUGUACAUAGCUCUUUAUCUUCCUAUAUGGGGAGAAGCAUCAAAUUUACGACUUAUGCCAGAAUGUUUAUGCUACAUAUUUCAUCAUUUCCUGUUUCAGAUGUCAUAUGAGUUAUAUGAAGUACUCUCAGGAGCUGUAAGCUUAAUUACUGGUGAAAAAGUCAAGACUUGCAUAUGGAAGAGAUGAUGAAUCAUUUUUGAACAAAGUAGUGACACCAAUAUACAGAGAGAUAUAUGAGAUCCGUACAAUGGGAAUGGUGAGAAGUCGAUUCUGUACCUUACCAGAAGCACUCACUACCUAUCUCGUUCCUCAUUCAUCAAUGACAAAGAAAAAGAGAAUGUUGCCUAGUUUCUUGGAAAAUAAAAUAUUUAAGAAUUUAGGUAAAGCUGAAAGACAUGAUCUGACAAAGUUUGCUCUUGUUUGGAACUAGAUAAUAAAUAGCUUCCUCAUAGAGGAUCUAAUAAGUAAUAGAGAGAUGCCCAUGUCACUAGAGCAUAAAUCUGGUUCUAUUCGUUGGCCCAUGUUUGUACUCGCCAAAAAGCAAAAUUCCAGCCCAAAGUCCAAGCUCCCGGCAAAGAAGCGAUCCAGCGCGCGAUGGAGCAGCUUCCAGCCGGAGACGCCGCGUCGUCGUCGUCGGUCAUCUUCCUCGGCACGGGCUGCUCCGGCGCGCUCCCGGACACGCGGUGCCUCAUCAGGCCGACGGCGCCGCCGUGCGCCGUCUGCUCCCUCGGCGUCUCCCUCCCGCCGGAGCGGAACCCCAACUACAGGUGUAACACCUCCCUCUUGAUAGAUUACUGUGGCGACGAUGGAACACAUAACUACAUUAUAAUCGAUGUCGGCAAGACCUUCAGAGAACAGGUUCUCCGGUGGUUUGUUCAUCACAAGAUCCCUUGGGUUAACUCGAUCAUUCUCACUCAUGAGCACGCAGAUGCUGUCUUAGGUCUUGACGACGUUUGGAUGGUUCAGCCAAAGGAUUGCAGCAAUGAUCUUCGCCGAGUUCCUGUUUUUCUCACACAAUUCACAAUGGACAGUGUUGCAGCCAGAUUCCCCUACUUGGUGAAAAAUGAGGUAGAGGAAGGUGACGAAGUUUCCCAACUCGAUUGGACGAUAAUUGAGGGUGAUGUUGACAAGCCAUUCGUAUCAUCAGGGCUUGAGUUUGUGUCUUUGCCUGUCAUGCAUGGAGUGGAUUAUGUUUGUUUAGGCUUCCUGUUUGGGAGGAAAGCGAGAGUUGCAUAUUUAUCUGACGUCUCAAGUUUUCUACCCCAAACUGAGUAUGCCAUUUCAAAGUCUGGUGCUGGACAACUCGAUCUUCUUAUACUAGAAGCAAACACUUUGCAUGGGGAGGGAGAUGAUCGCAGUACCCAUCUCACUUUGAGUCAGACUCUUGCUGCUGUGAAGAGGAUAAGACCUAAAAGAGCUCUGUUGAUUGGAAUGAGACAUGACUUCGAACAUUACACAGAAAAUAAAAAUCUGGCAAAAUGGUCUAGCAGCGAGGGAAUACCUGUACAGCUAGCUCACGACGGCCUCCGCGUGUUUAUUGACCUGUGAUUUGAAUAUUGCAAGAAUACUGAAUCCCUGUCUCAAUUGCUUUUUGAAAAGGAAACAAAUUAAGUUUCAAGUGGCAAAGGAUUUGGUCGUUAACUGUUCCUGUUUGGUGGUAUCUGCCCCUGGACCUAUCUGUAAUAGCUCCAUUGAUACUAUGACAGAAUCAGUGAGAGAUAAUAAUGAAUAAACUUGGUUUCUUGGGAUUAUGAUUAUCUUUGUCAUGACAUGUUUUCACUUCUUUACUCGGUCAAGUUGUUGAAGAUAUAUGUACA